AUGUCCGACAACGAGCAGCACAGUCACCAAUCCGAGGCCAGUAAACUCCGAGAGAGGGGACACAUGGUAAUCGAUGGCCGUCCUUGCGCAAUACUUAAAAAGUCGACAUUAGACUACCAGCUCUACUUUGUCGCUCGCGACCUCUUCACGGGCAAGGAGCUUGAGGCCACAUUGGACCAAGAUGCAAGUGUCGAAGUCCCACAAGUUACGAGAAUGGAAUUCCCUUUGUCAUAUAUCGACAACGGAUUUCUUCACUUAAUCGAGCCUGGCGGCACUGAGAAAGACAAUGUCCGUCUCCCAGACAACGAAAUUGGGAGACAGAUUACAGAAUUUAAUGAGGCUGGGACCGAUGUAACUGUUACUGUUAUCGCAGCAAUGGGUGAAGAGGCGGCUAUCUCUGUCAAAGAGGCAUGCUGA